GAAACAAAUCAAUUCCAACCCUAAUGGGCCUCAUCGCGUAAUCCAUCCGCCGCUCUCUCUCUCUCUCUCGCCUCUGCAACAACUCCAGUAAUUUGUAUCCACUUGGUGAAGACGAAUCUCUCCCACAAAGCUCCGGCGCCGAUAGACAUGGAUAUUGAUGGAGAUGUUGAAGAGGCAGCGUCGAGGCGUGUCCAAGUCCGCUUUGUCACCAAACUUAAGCCUCCGUUCAAAGCUCCACUCACUUCCAUUGCCAUUCCUUCUAAUCUCACCAGAUUGGGCCUCUCUGCUGUUGUCAAUAACCUCCUUAAAGCUGUACCAGGAAAUGAAGAUUGGAAAACUGAACCGUUUGAUUUUCUAAUUGAUGGAGAGUUGGUUCGGAUGUCGCUGGAAGAGUUUCUUCUUGCCAAGGGCAUUUCAGCAGAGAGAGUAUUAGAAAUUGAAUACAUUAAGGCUGUGGCACCACGAAAAGAAGAAACACCAUCUUUACAUGAUGAUUGGGUCAGUGCAGUGGAUGGUUCAAAUCCUGGGUUCAUUUUGACAGGGUGCUAUGAUGGUUUUGGAAGGAUCUGGAAAGCUGCUGGAUUGUGUACACAUGUACUAGAGGGGCACAGUGAUGCAGUUACUUCUGUCAGUAUCAUCAAGCAAAAAAGCAUGGCUGUGGAAAGUACGGCAGAUCUACUUGUAGCCACUGCAUCAAAAGAUAGGACUCUCCGAUUGUGGAAGUUUGAUGCAGAGCAGUCCCUGGAUCAUCCUUCCAAGAUUAGAGCCUUUAAAGUCCUCCGUGGACAUAAUGCUUCUGUUCAAAGUAUUGCAGCACAACCUUCUGGAGAUAUGGUGUGUUCUGGUUCUUGGGACUGUAGAAUUAAUUUGUGGCAGACGAAUGACUUUGAUGCGGGAGGUGACCUAGUGUCAAUUAAGAAGAGAAAAAAGGAUACGGACGGUGGGGAAUCUCAAUCAGAGGGGGAAGCUGUAUCCACACUUGUGGGACAUACACAAUGUGUGGCUUCUGUGGUUUGGCCACAGUAUGGAACUAUAUAUUCUGCAUCAUGGGAUCAUUCCAUUAGAAGAUGGGAUGUUGAAACAGGCAAAGAUUCACUAAACAUGUACUGCGGUAAAGUCAUCAACUGCCUUGAUGUUGGAGGUGAAAGUUCUGCCCUAAUUGCUGCUGGUGGUUCUGACCCUAUCAUUAGGAUAUGGGAUCCUCGCAAACCAGGAACUGUUGCUCCUGUAUUUCAGUUCUCGUCCCACACUUCCUGGAUAUCGGCUUGCAAGUGGCAUGAUAAAUCAUGGUUUCAUUUGGUUUCUGCUUCUUAUGAUGGCAAAGUAAUGUUAUGGGAUCUGAGAACUGCGUGGCCACUGUGUGUCCUUGAUUCACACAAGGACAAGGUAUUAUGUGUUGACUGGUGGAAAGGUGACAGUGUCAUAAGUGGUGGGGUAGACUCGAAGCUUUGCAUUUCCUCUGAAGUUUCUGUGCAGUGACAGAGUUGUAGAAUGAAUGUGAUGAUCUUCAAUGAAGAUAAAACCCAGUUUGUUUCAAAUAAUGUUUGAGAUUGCAUGGAGCACUUGUUUGCCAGCCUUUUGCUCUCUAUUUUUCCAGGAAUGAUGGCGAGGUAAGACGUAUUCUUUUGUUCUGACAUCUACAAGCUCGAUUGGUGGAUCUUUAGGAGAGCCAGUUUUGUCCAAAGGCGGUUCUAUUUUCAUCGUGUGGCAACUAAUGUAUUUAUGUUGGGAAUUGUUGAGAGGAGGCUCAUGUACUGGGUUUAUAGUCAUCAUUCCCCCUGUUUAUUGCCCAAACCUCAAUAGGCUUAGGACUGCAAUGUUGCAAGGUCUAAAUGUGCUAUUUAUUUGUUUAGUGAUACAGGUAAGUAUUGGCUCAUUGAAUUUGGCAAUGUCUGAGAAAUAACAGAAUGCCAUGUGACCUUGCUGAGGGGAAUUUUUUUAAGAUUAAAAUUGAGAUAAAUUACAGUUGAGGGGACAAAUUCAAAUUAGUGUAAAAAAUAAGGGAUAGUCGUAUGUUUUUACUCUAAAUUGCAGUGUACUUACAAAUACUAUGCAGAA